AUGGACUUGGACAGCGAAAGCAGCGUGGACAACGUUGAUAGUAGCGAUGAUAAUACUUCCGGUGAAUCGAGCACACUCCCAAGCUUUGAAGAGGAUAGUCAGAGUGAAGAUUCCGACCAAAGUACAUCAACCGAGGAUCAAUCGUUCGCACUCUCUGAGGACUCUGACAGGACCUUUGAGGGAUUUAGUGAUCUUCCAGAUACUGGAGUGAUAUCAACUGAUAACCUGAAAGUUGUUAGAUCCCACGAUUCUAACGAGGAAGACCGACAACACUCCCUCGAAUGCUUGGACAGGGCAGUCUCAGAAGAUGUUGAAAACAAAGCGCCGGCAAGCCUGUCAGACGCAUCAGUUAGUCCUCAACUUUUAAACCACUUUCAGAACCCGCCGUCAGGCGCUUCGUCUGGUAGUUCGUCCACAUCCACAACCGUGUCGAGCAAUGAUGGCCAAAAAAUUAACUGUGAAACCACUUCUGUCUUGCAAACUACUGAUAAUGACCAUUUAAAAACCUUAGAAAAUGUGGCUGCUUAUGAGCUAAGCUCUUCAUCCGACAAUGAAAGUUCAAGAAGCUCCGAAUCUGAUGACUACGAGUCUCCAAUAAUACCGAAUGCGCUUUCGAGACGUAGAGUCCGCACACGACUAAGCCGAAAAGGGCGACAAGGCCGUAUACGAAGGUGA